AUGACUGACAAUCGAUUAAAAAACAGACCGCGCAGGAAGCGCAAUGCAGCUGGCGAGCUAGUGUCUGAUGGUGAAAGUACAGCCUCGCUGCCGAAGAGGAGGGUCAUGGAUCGGGGUGAGGUGCGAAACUAUCGAGAUGCGACGACUUCUACUGCAUCUUGGCAUAUCAGUGUCGCCUCGCCAAGUGUGUCCAGGCUCAGCAGCAGUGUCCAAGAUGAAGCUGGUCAGUUCUACACCCAACCUUCACUUUUUCCAUUCUUGGAUAAAAUUCGAACCGAAAGCUCAACUCAAUUCGCAGCUGCACGGCAAGAUUCGAUUCUGGAUCCCAGCCGCCCGGAAGCCCUCCAACUGGUGCGCGCAGCUACAUCGACGACACUGCCGACUCGCAAACCCCACGAAAUCGAAUACAUGCGCCACGAAGGAGUCUUUACAAAGCUCCCGGAUGAUGUAUGCGACGAACUGAUUGGGUGCUAUUUCCAACAUGUCCACUUCUUCCUGCCCAUUUUGGAUGUGCCCAAAGUUCUCAAUGAGUACUGGAGUCGUGGGUCGAAAGGCAUCAAUCCAUUGCUUCUGUGGAGUAUGUUCUUGGCCGCUGCCAAUUUUAUAGACGGAAUCACUUUGGAAAAGGCCGGUUUUUCCUCUAAAAAGGCCAUGAAGACGGUCAUGUACUAUCGUGCCAAGUGUCUUUACUAUUUCGAUCAAGGAACAAACAUACUUGAUAUAAUUCGAGCAGUGAUUCUCUUGGCAUUCUGGCACUCGGAUCCUCAAGACUACAUGGGCGCGUGGUGUUGGAUUGGGGUUGCCAUUUCUCUCGCGCAAGCCAUCAAUCUUCAUCGCGAUCCUGCAAAUACCAAGCAAACGACGAGAUUGUUCAAGCUUUCGGAGCCCAUGGCGCGACGAAUAUGGUGGUCUCUCGUAGUCGGGGAUCGGUGGAUUGCGGCUGCCAACGGACGACCGAUGCGCCUGCGCAGCGACGGCCAUGACCUGCCGAGGCCUUCGCGAUACGACGUCUUGCCGGAGCUGAGGCGGGUCAAUCCCGAAGCGCGGUCCGAGUUUAUCCUCGCGAAUGAAUCCGAAGCGCGUUCAGAGUUUAGCCUCGUCGCAAACGAGGCGAGGCUGGCAGAGUUGUGGCUGCGAAUGGUCCGAGUGAGCGAUGCGCUGGGCGAUGUGUUGCAGCUCCAUCAUCGUGUCAGGGGACCCGAGCCCUGCAUUCAGAAAGUCAAUCAGUUGCUAUGCCAGCUAAAUGAAGGGGAAUUCGCCUACAGCUCCGGCUCAGAUGAUGACGACGUGCAUGUCCAUACCGUCCAGGUUGAAAUGCUUUACCAAGCCACCAUCGCGAUGCUCUGCCGCCCAUAUGUUCUCAAUGCUACAAGUACGUUUGCAGCGGAUGAGUAUACGGAAUUGAAGCAGUCCUUUUUACGCCGAGGUCGCGAGGCUGCAUCAAGCACAAAUGAACUUGUCGAACAACUCAUCGAGAUGAAUGCCCUCGAGUUCAUGAAACCAAUGAUGAUCACUGCCAUGGUGCCGGCAUCGCAGUUUCACCUAGCAGAUUGCCAGUCGGAGAGCAUCUCGACGCGCCGGCAGGGCCGCAACAAGCUGCAGCUUUGCGUCAACGUCUUUGCCCAACUGCGGUUCACGUACUGGAGCGCCGACGUCAUGUAUCGGCUUUUUAAGCGCGCGCAAGAUCUCGCGACAGGGGAGAGUAUUAUGCAGCCGACUCCCCGUGAAGCCCCGCGCCGACCCGGGACUCCUGUAGCGCGGCAGCGGGCUGCGCAACGAAUGCAUAACGUGAACCUGAUGGCCAGUAACCUGGUGUCGGCAGCAGCGGCUCUGCCACCCAUAGUCCCGAUAACACCGGGUUCUACGGGCCCUGCGUUGCAUUUUGGCGACGUGGACCAGCUGCUGAGCCCGGAAUUCGCCCCGUCGGAGGAUGUGUUUAGGGGACUUUUGCCGAAUUACCCGAUCGGUAAUUACAUCUAA